AGAAAGAGGCUGGGCGAGCAGCUGGGCGUCCUUGGUGCUGGCACCGCCGCCCGGGCAUGAGGAUGGCUGUGGGCGCAGCAGCGGCUCCAGGAGACGGGGGCUCGCCGAAUCCCGGUCCCGCUGCGGUCUCCCUGGGCUUGAGCGUGGCUGUGGUGUCCAGCCUGGUCAAUGGCUCCACGUUCGUGCUGCAGAAAAAAGGCAUCGUGCGGGCAAGAGGACGAGGGACUUCAUAUUUAACUGAUAUAGUGUGGUGGUCAGGUACUAUUGCAAUGGCACUUGGCCAGAUUGGGAAUUUCUUAGCUUAUACUGCAGUUCCUACUGUUCUUGUGACUCCACUUGGAGCACUUGGAGUCCCAUUUGGGUCCAUUUUAGCUUCCUAUCUACUGAAAGAAAAACUGAACAUUUUGGGCAAAUUGGGCUGCCUCCUGAGUUGCGCAGGUUCUGUGGUUCUCAUCAUUCAUUCUCCAAAGUCUGAAAGUGUCACCACUCAGGCCGAGCUUGAGGAAAAGCUUACAAAUCCAGUAUUCGUGGGUUACCUCUGUGUUGUGCUUCUCAUGCUGCUUCUGCUUAUCUUUUGGAUUGCACCAGCCCAUGGACCCACUAACAUUAUGGUUUACAUCAGUAUUUGCUCAUUGUUAGGAAGUUUCACUGUGCCUAGUACAAAAGGAAUUGGACUGGCUGCUCAAGAUAUCUUUCACAAUAAUCCAUCAAGUCAAAGAGCAUUAUAUCUUUGUUUGGUUCUGUUAGCAGUAUUGGGGUGUAGUAUAAUAAUUCAGUUUAGGUACAUCAAUAAGGCACUAGAAUGUUUUGAUUCCUCAGUGUUUGGUGCCAUCUAUUAUGUAGUAUUCACCACUCUUGUCUUGCUGGCGUCAGCCAUUUUGUUCAGAGAAUGGAGUAAUGUUGGUGUUGUUGACUUCUUGGGGAUGGCUUGUGGGUUCACCACUGUAUCUAUUGGAAUCGUUCUUAUACAAGUCUUCAAAGAAUUCAAUUUCAAUAUUGGUGAUUUGAAUAAGCCUAAUAUGAAGACCGAUUAAAUUCUUAACGUUCAAAUGAAUUGGGUAAUCCAGAGAAUGAUAGUGUCUUCAAUUUUUAGGCCCCAGAAAUGAUAGCCUUUAAUUUCUAAACUUUGAAAAUAACAUCGCCUUUCAUUCCUUGCUGGAAUAUGUGAAAUGAAUUAGUGUUCUUAAUUCAGUUUCUUAGGACUAUUGUCAUGCUUUGUAUCUUAUGGUAUCAAAUGAUUUUAUAAACCUCAUAGCAAAUAGGAUAAGAAUUGCAUCACCACAGAAGCUGAUGUAUUUCUUUAUCCUUAAAGAUUAUCUAUGUAGUGUAGGAUUGAAUUAUUUUGGUCUAUGAAGAACCAGGAAUCUUUUCAAAUGGUUACCCAGAAUCUUCUGGUUGUGUGAAUCAACUGUCAACAUUUGUGUAUACAACUGAGCAGAUGCCAUGAGUGAUCAAUAGCCCUUUUAAAAAAUGUAAAUACACUUCAGAUACUAGAUUGGGCUUUCUUUCUAUUUACCUUCACAGUUAUGAUUCAGCUUUCAGUAUUCUUCCAGGUGUAUUUGAAGAUUCCACAAUGGUUGCUACAGACUGUGUGUUGAUAUGGUUUGUUCUUUCUCUACCUUUGUAAUUUGGACCGAUGACAUAGAAUUCAUAAUUAUGUCCAAAACUAGGGCAGUGUGUUUAUAUCUUAACAUACGUUCUCUCUCAUACCAGCUCACAAAGUUGCUCACAAAUCUAAGUAAAUGCAGCACUUAGUUGACAGCUACGCCUCUUGUUCACAUGAAUCACUUAAUGUAUGUUAACACAUGAUAUUAAUUCAAGAGCUUUUAUUUCAUAUAAAACAAUAUGAGGAAUGCGUUAGAUAAUAACUACUUUCUACCUUUUUUGGUAGAUCAUUUGUAAACAGCUGGAAACUACUUCAGUGCCUUUUCUAUUCUGAUAAGAUCACUUUCAUGGGACAGUUCAUGUUCUCUAAUAUUUGGGUGUCCUCAUGCUUAUCAAUCUUAACAAAGCAGAGACACUAAUACAAUAUUUGAAUUAUGGGGUAACUUCUAUGCACUUCCAACUGGCGUUUGUUUAGAACAGAAGUAUUCUAUUAUAUUAGUUCAUAUUCAGUUAUGUUCCCUAGAAAGUUUUCCCUAACAAAUUCCAGUAAACUAUGUAUAGCAUCUUUUGUCAGCUUUUGAACUGGCACGUUUAGAGGCAUUAUAAAGGAAUUUUUAAAAGGAAAGAAAAAUGUUGUUCGGUUAAGGGAAAAAUAAGUGAUUCUUCUGCAGGGCCUGGAAAUUGUUGUCACUCACUAGAAAGAACAGAGAAAAACAAUGGGACUUCUGUUUCCACAAUACCAGUGUUUUUCAACCUUGGCAACCUUAAAAAGUGUG